CAAAUAUUGCCUCAUCACAAGUAAGAAAAAAAAGGAUAUAAUUGUUAAUCCCAUUUCUCACCAAAUAUUCAACCACAGGUAGAAAAACAAGAAGCAAAGAAAACAUCUGAAAGUUUUAUAAGGAGGUGACCCAUAAACGACAAAAAAGUAGAACAGGCAACCAAGAGAUUAAAAGAACAGCUGACCUGAAACAUUAAUUUUAUUCUGGACACGUCCGAAUGUUUGACGCAGGCACGUAAGAUUCCAAGAAAAGUCGUAGCCCUGAAGAGCAUCCUUUUAUGCGUUGUGCACCAGAGUGUAUGUGUGCGUUACGACAACACCAUUGACCAUCCUCUACUGUCAUCAAGAGCGGCUGAGUUGGUGCAUAACGAACUUGUCAGCACAAAUUGCGUCCUACGGGUACCACAGGAUGCUUCUAAAUAAAGCACUGAGGCCGGUGCGGGCUGUUGGCUGGAGACCCGCCAGCAAUCUUUCUCGGGAGAAAAAGGAGAAGGUUGCUGAGGGACCUUCUCUGGGUGACUUUAUAUCAGGCGAGGUGACAAAGGACACCACCUGGGAAGACUACACUGGCAAACUGCGUAGGGAGGCUGGGGAGUCUGCACGGCUGCGUCUCCCACCCUGGCUCAAGAGGGAAAUCCCUGUUGGCAAGAAUUACAGCAAGCUCAAGGCAGAUCUCCGAGGUCUCAACUUACAUACUGUUUGUGAGGAGGCACGUUGUCCCAACAUUGGGGAGUGCUGGGGUGGAAAUGAUGACACUGUGUCAACAGCCACAAUCAUGCUGAUGGGUGACACAUGUACCAGAGGAUGUCGUUUCUGUUCUGUUAAAACAGCACGUAAGCCACCCCCCCUGGACCCCAAUGAGCCCUUGAAUACUGCCACUGCCAUUGCCAAGUGGGGACUGGACUAUGUAGUGCUCACCUCUGUGGACAGAGAUGAUGUUCCUGAUGGUGGUUCAUCUCAUUUUGCUGAGACAGUGAAGGAACUGAAGAGACAGAACUCUUCUAUACUGGUGGAAUGUUUAGUGCCUGACUUUGGUGGCAACAAGGAAAGUGUGGCCACCAUUGCCUCUUCCGGCCUUGAUGUUUUUGCUCACAAUAUUGAGACAGUGGAGUCCCUCACCCCCCGAGUUCGUGACCCUCGUGCCAGAUACAGGCAAUCACUGAAGGUUCUGGAGGAUGCCAAAGCAGUGAAAGAGAAUCUAGUGACCAAGUCAUCCAUCAUGCUUGGCCUUGGGGAGACAGAUGAAGAGGUGCUGCAGACCAUGAAGGACCUCCGCAGUGCCGGUGUGGAUUGCCUGACACUCGGACAGUACAUGCAGCCCACCAAGAGGCACCUACGAGUGGCCGAGUAUGUCACUCCUGGCAAGUUCCAAGAGUGGCAGGAGAUUGGAGAAAGUCUGGGAUUUGCUUACACUGCUAGUGGUCCUCUAGUGCGCUCCUCCUAUAGGGCUGGUGAGCUGUUCCUGAAGAGUCUGCUGCAGGAGAGGAAGCAGAAGGAGACAUAGGGAAUGGUGCAAGAGGUGGUUCCUGCUCUCCAUGACGGACACUGUACAGAGCUAUGUAAUAAGUUGUGUACAUAGUGAAAUUUUAUGUAGAAUUUGUGUUACAUUAGAGUUUAUGCAUCACAAUUACAGCUUUGUAAAUUUAUAAAUGAAAUAUCCUUGCUGAUAGUUCAAGUGUGCUAUCAAUACUUCUAACUUUUCUUCCCUCUCUAUGAUUACUCAUACAUUCUGCUUUUUCUCUUUUAAGUGCCAUGUUUUGGAAGUAGACUCUUCACUAUCUACUAUCUGCAUAUCAGGCCGGCAUUUCCAUUAAAGGAGGGGAGCCGAGACCGAGUCAUAUCCAUAAAAAAAUUGUUUUUUUUUUUAUUCAUUUUUCUUCCUACUGAGGAGCUGAUUUAGUGGCCAUGUGGCAGGAACAAAAGGUGUCAUCCAGCAAAAGGAUUCGGUGUCUGAGCUGAGCAGGCUACAGGUUGUGUUGUGGCAUUCUAGUCAUAGAGAGAAAUGAUGAAUCAGCUGUGAAUUGCUCCAGAGUUCAUAUAGUGCUUGCUCAUGAUGCAGAUGAGAAUUUAUUGACUUCUCAGUACAAUCUUAGGAUCAUAUGGUAUUUUGUUUUCUCUUGUGAAAUGUAUGCCAUCAUAGAUUAUAAAGCCUAUAGAAAGACUAAAUUGUACUGACCCAUAGGGCGAGGCGGAUAAUCUGUGCAACAUUGCCAUAUCUCAUUACUUCAGAGAAAAUGGAGUAACUGUUCUUUAUUCAAUGUAAUGCAUGACUUUGC